CCUCCCGCAUACACUCCUCCCCAGACAGCGCCAGCACUGGCCCUGCUACGACGCCAGAUGCGAGAAUCCUUCAUCAUGGGCCGCUCGUCCAUCGCCGACAGCGUGCUGGACGUCAUGUCUCCCGAAGAAGACGACGCAGACGACGACGAGGGCUUCUCGGCGAUUAGUCUCCGGAUCAACACCUCUGUCCGCAUCUCCAGCAACAACAACCUCGUCUGCCUCAACGACACGCCAGCCAGCCACGCCAACGCCAUCGCCAAGGCUGUCGUCCAGGCUAUCCAGGAGAACAGCUCCGGCCAGUGCGGCAUCCCCAUGAUUGACGAAGACGGCAGGCCCCGACCUGUCAAGAUUGAGGUCGACGCCGGCAUCACGGUGGAGGGCUCGGGCAACAUUGUGGGCAACGAGGAGGUGGUGAACCAGGUUCUUCGCAUGCGCAGCCUGAGACGCAAGAGGUCAGCAGACGAGGAUGAGAGCGACGAUGCAUCCACCCAACCAACAAAGCGACGCCAUGGAGAAACCAGUGGCAGCAGCAACAGCAACAAUUCUCCUUGAAUCCUCGACACAUCUCCUCAUCAAGCGUCAUACAUUUCUCAUCUCGGAGCACUUGUUCCUUUCUAUCUUUUACGACUACCAAAAAAAAGCAUCAUUGCAUCUGCUCUUGAGCUCUCUACUUUUGCUACGUUUACUUGCGUUUGGCUCUUGGCGUUUCAGGCAUCACCGGAAUCUCAUAUACCCAAAAGGCAAAGCGCCUUGCAUAUUUUCUUCUAUUCGAUUCUAUUUCUAUCUACAUACUAUUAU